AUUGCAAAAUAAAGUGAUGUGUCGUCACUAUUUCGCUUUUGUAGUGAGAAAGAAGGAAGAUUUUGCGUCUGUUUCUAGUUAGAAUUUCCAUUCAUAUUGCACACAAAACUACUUAAAGGAAAUUUGAGAAAAUCAAGGAAAAUUCUCAAUUUUGUGAUUUUGUAGUAAAAUGUCUGAUCCCAGUGGAAAUCAGGGUGGAAAUAAUGUGGGAAAUUUGCUAUCGAAUAUUAGCCCACCAUCAGCUUUGCCUUCCAAUUUGAUUCUUGCACCAGCUGCUGCUCCUCUCAUUAGUCAGGAAGUCCCUCCGGUUGAGCCACCAACAACACAGGCUGCUGAGGGUGGUCCUGGUGGAGCAGGUGGGGCUCAUAUUGCUCCAGCAUUUAGCCCUGCAAUUCCACCGAAUAAGAAUACAUCGACUGAACAAACCCCAACGGAUGAUGGUGCAACGCAGUCUACGAAUUUGGGUCAUUUAAAUCUCAAUCCAGAACCAGUUGCAACCGCUUUGGGACCACUCACGCAAUCGGGAUCAUCUCUCUUUGGGUGGAUGAAGGAUGCUGCCUCCAGUGGUGGUGGAAUUUUAUCUAAAGUUGCGGAAAAAGCGAAGAAUUCCGUGGAUACCAUUGUCACAACACUUGAUCCGCAGAUGAAGGAGUACAUCUAUUCCGGUGGGGACAUUGAGAUCAUUGUUGCUUCUGACAAGGAUGAUAAAGUAAAACCCUGCAGGGAGGCUUUUCAGACCAUCUUUGGCAAAGCUACAGUGAUGGGUCUUCAAGCCCAACCAAAUGGCAUUGCAGCACAACCAGUGGGAUUUGAAGCUGCCCUGAGGGGUGCUCAGGAGCGAACUGCAGAUUUGAGGACAAAUUCACGCAUCGGUGAUAAACUUCCAAUAAUUGCAGUUGAAAAUUUCACCUUUGAAGCAUUCCCUGAUCAGUGGUUUGAUGCAGGACUUCUACUACUUACGGAUCCACUGCGCAAUUUGACAUUGAAAACAGUGACCCAGAUGACGGCAAUCCCACUGUCAAUAAUCACAGCUAUUAAGGAGGAUACACCGAAGGACUAUCAGUUCCUUGACACAGGAUUCGCCGUAACAGUGGGACAGGUGAUGGCAAACAAUUUGGGUGUUCAUCACACGGAAUGGCACAAAUACUACACAGGAAUCAAUCGCAGCGAUAUGAUUCUCUGUGCAGCAAAAUCCCUUGCCACGGCAUACAAAAGAUCCCUUGGGGCUAACAUUGCUUCAAGUGAGGAAUCGUAAUAAUUUUAUUCUAUAUGGAAUGUUUUGUUAUUUUUUUUAUUAGAUUACAUACUGAGAAUAAUAAAAAUAUUUACUUCUAAAAGUAA